AUGGCUCACCCAACAAAUCCUGAACAAAUGCCACCAGAUGUUCAGGAAAUUGUUGAGAAACAUUUCAAACAACGCGAACUCAAGCAAACCACUAGUCUCGUUUCGGUUCUUCGUAAACCAACUGGCCAACAGCGUAAAAUUCAUUUCUCAGAACACCACAAUGAGACGCAGAUGCAAAGUGAUACACCCGCAACAAAACGUUUACGCCAAUGUCGGUGA